UCAAUCUCACAGCUUUCUCGUCACCUCCAGCAGUUAGCGUUCUAGCGUUCCAGCCAAGGCCAUCCCAUAGUUGGGUUAAGUCAUCGUUUCUCUCUCAGCUUGUCGUCAACCUCCUAGCUGGAUAGUCAUGCUAGCUUUUCCCUCCUUUCUUUCCCUAGGCCUCUCUCUUCUUAUAUUCCUUGCUGUUUUCCUCCAACAAAUAAGCAUCCUCUCACUUUUUCCAUAUCUCUUAUGUCUCUGGGUGCUCUAGCUUGUUAAGGAACCACGGGUAAUCACCUUUCAACUUUAUUUCAAGGUACGGAUUCUACCCUCCCGCCAUGCCCUUCUCCUCUGCUCUCGUCCAUACCUUGUCUCAAUUCUUCCUUUCUCCCACCAUUACGGGAAAUCGUUCCUUACGUCGCACUUCCUAAUUCUCCAUGUUUUCUUUGUUCAUUGUCGUUCUCUUCAUUUUUACGUCCUCUUAUCCAGGUUUCACAUGUCUCUUAUUCUGCUAACCCUUGUGAUCUGGCUGCAGCUUACCGAUCACGGCCUAUCUUGUCGCUCCUCUCAUCCGCCCUGCCACCACCACAACCCUGCGCCCCAAUCUUUGCGCCACACCCGCGGCCAUGGCCCUUCCGCCUGAUAGUGCCGUCCCGCCAAUCCCGUUGCCGCGCGACGGCGCGAGCGCCGACGGCCUGCUGGACGUGUUGGGAGCGGAGGUCACCGUCGCCCUCCUCGCGUGCCUCGACGCCCCCAGCCUUGCCCGUUGCACCGCCGUGUCGCGGUCAUGGCGCCGCCUCGCCUCGGACGACACCCUCUGGCUGCCGCUGUGCAGCUGCCUGUGGCGCUGCAAGGCCUUCGUGCCGCGGCGCUUCAAGGCCCUCCUGGAGUCACCACCUCGGCGGGCUGCUUCUCGCCACGACGCCACGGUCGCUCGCGUUCUCUCGCCGUCGCGGACCGCAGCGGUCCGUCCCUGCGCUGGCGAUGGAGCGGGAGGUCGCCGCGUCGAUGAAGACGCGGACGCGGAUACGAAUUGCGAAACCAUGCUCUUCGUAAGACGAGGCGCAUAUCCAGCGACCGAACGUGCAACGGACGCGGAUUCCGAUAUUGACGCUCAAGUCCCGGAGCCAUUCUCAUGGGCGGCUAUGUAUCGGCAAUCCCUGAGCGAGGGGGCGAGGGAGGGCAUUCUAGCGGAGGAGCUGUGCAGCGUGACGUGGAGCUUCCGAUUCAAGCACAUGGACCUGCCGUGGAUUAGGAACCACCCGUUCUGGUUGAACCUGCCGCCGCUGCUGCGGCGCUUCCACGCGGACGGCAGCGUGGCGUCGGGCACGCACAACGACCCCAUCUUCGGGUCGCACGAAAACAUCUGGCGCUUCGUGCCGCGCUCCCCGGCUCCACGGCCCGCUGCUGCUCCCGCUGCUCCCACCGCUGCUGCUGCUGCUGCUGCUGCUGCUGGUGACGGUGCGCGGAGCGGUGCUGGCGGGCAAGGCAGUAGUGAGGGCGCGAGGAGUAAUGUGGAGGGAGGUUGGGAAGAGGCAAGGGCAGGUCCAGGUGAAAGAGAGGACGGAGGGGUCCUGAGAGAGAGGGGGGCUUCCAGCACAUGUGCCACUGGGACACCUACCUCACUGCAUGCUGCCAUGGCUCCUGCUCCUGCCGCUGCUGCUGCUGCUGCUGCUGCUGCUACCACCCCUGUGCCGUCACUGCGGGUGCGCAUCAACCACUGGCCGGCCCUGACUGUGGUGCGCAGGGCGGACUGGGGAUGGGACAUGGCCAACGAGUACGUCAUCUACUGCAGCCUCCCCCCCCCCUCGCCCUAAUGCACUCCUCCAAUGCCCGUUUCCCGCACCCCCCUGCUGGACAUGCCAUGCCACCUCCUCUGCUGUCCCUCACAUGUUAGUGUCUGCCAUCCCUCUUUCUCUGCCAUGCAGGCAGUUUAGGUAUGCUGCUUGCUGUGAGGGCAAUGCCUCCCCACAGAUUUCAGUACAUGAGUGCUUGUUACACCUCGAGCUUUCUGUUUCAUGCAAUGAAGGAUCAUAGCUGAC